CCUACUGCCACAUCCAUUUCAUUACUAAGUAUGACAUCUCGCGAGACUUGCUCGUUUUGUUUGGUGGGUGAGAGUGUCAGCUGACCCGACGGGAAAUUUGUUAACGAAAGUAUCCGGCAUAGCUAUGUCCCCUGUUGGAGACCAGUGUGUCGGUCGAUUACUAUGUGUAUGACAGCACAUGUGCUUGAAUUACAUUAUUGAAUAAUAUAUUUUACAGCAGCUAUAUCCUUAAUUCCGAGUCUUCUGAAAAGGCUCUGACACCAUGCUAGCCACAGUGACUACUGUGGUUAGUUUUUCUCAGGACAAUGGCAGUGUUUCACCUACGCCACUGGGAAACACAACAGCAUUCUCGACCUGGCAACCUGAUACCCAAAACAACAUCACCAAGCCUCACAAAUGCCUACAAGUUCUCUAUGAGGACAUUGGAGAAUCCAGGGUGCGGUUCUGGGACAUUUUAUUGCUCGUGCCUAAUGUGGCCUUCUUUGUAUUCCUGAUGUGGAAGCUGCCCUCAGCCAGGGCAAAGAUCCGCCUCACCUCUAGCCCCAUCUUCGUCACUUUUUACUUGCUGGUUUUUGUUGUUGCAGCAGUUGGAAUUACCCGGGCUAUAGUGUCCAUGACUGUCAGUGCAUCCAGUGCUGCCACCAUUGUAGACAAAGUGCUCUGGGAAAUUACUCGCUUUUUCUUGCUGGCUAUUGAGCUCAGUGUCAUCAUCUUGGGACUGGCUUUUGGCCACCUGGAGAGCAAAUCCAGCAUAAAGCGUGUGCUGGCUAUUACUGCUGUGUUGGCUCUGGCGUACUCAAUCACACAGGGCACGCUAGAGAUACUGUAUCCUGACAGUCAUCUGUCAGCGGAGGACUUCAACAUCUAUGGUCACGGGGGCCGGCACUUCUGGCUGGCAAGCUCCUGCUUUUUCUUUCUGGUGUACUCUUUGAUUGUGAUCUUACCAAAAACUCCAGUAAGAGAAAGGAUAUCUCUGCCAUCUAAGAGGAGUUUCUACGUCUAUGCUGCCAUCCUGUCAUUGCUGAACCUCGUUCAGGGCCUCGGCAGUGCUCUGUUGUGUGCUGGAGUCAUAGAGGGACUAUGCUGUGUGGAUGUCACAACGUUCCUGUACUUCUCUGCCUUCGCUCCGCUCAUUUAUGUCACAUUCCUCAAAGGCUUCUUUGGUUCAGAGCCCAAGAUCCUGUUCUCCUACAAGUCGCAGGUAGAUGAGCCAGAUGAAAGCGAUGUCCACCUUCCUCCAACCGUCGCUGCAAACCUUGGUCGUAAAGAGAUGAAUGACCAGGGCCUGUACUAUUCCUCCACCCAGAUUGAUGGCUCUGGUCCGAGCAGUACUCGCAUGGUUGGAGCGUACCUGGAUGAUGUUGCCUCCGGACCCUAUGGGUCCAGCAGCGUUAACAGCGUUGAAGCUGACCGCUGGAGACCUGUAAUUGUGUGAAGGGGUCAAGAGUUGUACAGCUGGACUAAAAUUGUUGUGCAUGUGUAGUGUUGUCAGCAAUAUGGAGAUCAGUGAAAUUGGUGCAGAACAAAGCAGUUGGACACCAAGGAGGGUGAUAGUGGUCUUUUUUUGGAGGCCUGAAAGCGCUUAAAACAAACAAACAAAGAAAACAAACGUAUUUCUGGAGGACUGUGAAUUUAGCAACUGCUUUUGUAACAUUGUCCAGAGUGCAUUGCUGCUGCUGCUGCUGCUGCUGCUCCAGCUCCGAACUGGGAGCGCUGCCCCUCAUUGUGGCCCCAACAGGCUUGAUAAUGAUUCUGCUCUGCAAGCUCUUAUUUCUGGGCGUUUAUUGACUCGUCUCACCACAUUUUCUGUCAUUCCAGCACUAAUGCAACAAUGAAUAUCUCAGUUCUCACUGAUGAUGUUUUAAACCUAUUUUAAGUACAAAAGUUUGUAAAACUGAUCAAACAUUCUUGUGAUGGAAACCUUACAUCUGUACAUUCCCACUGAAGACUUUCAGUAACAGUAUCUCACCUGACUUGAGAUUUGUGACCGAUCAGGCUAAUCAGUUUGCACUGGUCACGUUGCUUAUUGGGAACACUUCAAAGACUUGUGCUAGUUCAUUUGGUAUGUGUUGACAAGUAAAACAGUGUUGUUAUUAUGUAUGUAACUUCAUUAUAAUAGGGAGCUGCUGAAUACAGGCAACGCAUUGGUGUUAAAGGUCAGAAUGUCACAGACACAAAGGACAAUUCCUAACAAUUGAAGCCAGAUCUUGUGGAUGACAUCUUUUCAUUUCUGUCUUUUUGUUGUGCUUUUUACUUUAAUUCCAGAUGAAUUAAUGCUGCCAGUGAAAUUACAUUUGUUGGCAAGUUAUGUGUGUGUGAUUUGAAAACAAAAUUUGCAAAAACUUAUUUGUGUAUUCCACUUCUUGUGAUUGAUACCAGUGGUUUUCCAGUUUUGCUUGCUGCCAAAGGUUGCUGUUGCAGAUUUGAUUUUUUUUUUUCCUAUAUUCAGAGUUACAAAUGUUACCACAAGUGGUGAAAUUACACCAAAAAACAACUGUUUUCAUAGUAUCUAAUGGGGGGUAUUGAUACAGUUUCAUUACAUAGUUUAAACUUUUGUCUUCUUUUGACAAACAAGGUCAGGCACUUGCAUUGGAUCAUUGUAAUACAGUGACAAGGAUAAAGCAUAUUGCAUACUGUUGCCAAGGAAAAUACAAUAUUUGGUAUGAGUUGAUUGCUGUAUUUAAGCUAGCAGUAUUCAUCAGCGUAGUGUUGUAACCAAUAUGCAAAAAAACAGAGGGUUGCAAUGAUGUUUUUCAUCAUAUUUCAACAACACCACAGUAAAGAAUUCAUGAGAUUCAUUUGCGUUUUUCCUGAUUUGAAAUAUUUUAUCCUCAAACGUAAGUGCUGGUGAAAUUUGUUGUUUCAUGUGGGGUGAUGGAUUAAAAUAUUCUUUUCCUUUUUUUGGACAAGAGUUCACAAGUUGCAUCACAACAGAAUUCCACUCUUAAAAACAUAUUUGAUGGUGAAAUCGUUUGGAAAUGUUUAAAAUUGCCUUUUUCUUGAAGUGCAUUUAUUGUACAAUAUUGCACCCAUGUUAAAUCAAGGUGUUAAGCAUUCCAUGAAUUAAAGAAUAAACAGUGAACUCUU